AUGCAUCUGAAUUCCUUCUUCCUUGCCCUCGCGGCUGUCCCUGCCGCUACUCUUGCCCAGGUUGUCGGCACACCCUACGGCUUUGCCAAGGGUGUCACAGGAGGCGGAAAUGCUACACCUGCCAAACCAUCCAACAUCGCCCAACUCAAGGAAUGGCUCGCGGACGACACUCCCCGCGUGAUCAUGAUUGACAAGACUUUCGAUUUUGCCAACAGCGAGGGCACGGCCACGGGCACUGCAUGCCGCCCCACCGGAACGUCCGCGUGCACGGGCAGCUUCCAGAAGCAGGACUGGAUCCAGGACACCUGCGAGAGCUACCAGCAGAAGUACACGGCCACCUGGGAUAAGGCGGCUGCCACGGGAAUGCCCGUUGCUAGCAACAAGAGCAUUGUCGGUGUUGGCUCAAAGGGUGUCCUGAACGGGAAGGGCCUGGUCCUUAAGGAGGGCGCCAAGAACAUUAUUGUUCAGAACAUCCACAUAACUAACCUGAACCCCAAGUACGUCUGGGGCGGCGAUGCGAUCAGUAUCAACGGUGUCGAUGGCGUCUGGAUCGACCACUGCAAGGCAAUUCAGCAAGGUUGGCCGCCAGAUGAUCGUGACCCAGUACGUCCUUCCCCCCUCCACCUCCAACCCAACCCGCUCACUAACUCUGCCUCCCUUUUCCCCAGCUACUCCCCCUCGCGUGUGACCAUCUCCAACAACGAGUUCGACGGCGUCACGACGUACAGCAGCACGUGCAACAACGACCACUACUGGACGACGAUGCUGGUGGGCGACUCGCUGCGGCUGACGCUGGACCGCAACUACUUCCACGACGUGUCCGGGCGGUCGCCCAAGAUCGGCGGCUCGGGCACGCAGCUGGUGCAGGCGUCGAACAACUAUUUCGCCAACUGCGCCGGCCACAACUUCGACGUCGCCCAGGGCGGCUCGGUGCUGAUCGAGGGCAACCGCUUCGAGGGCUCCGACCAGCCCGUCACCUCGGGCAGCAAGUCCAACGGCGGCGCCACCUUCAACGUGCCCGACGCUAAUGCGGCGAACACUUGCUCGUCGUACCUCGGCCGCAAGUGCCAGAUCAACGCCCUGUCCAACUCCGGCGAGUGGUACUCGUUGACCAGCACCGCCCCUCUGCAGGCGCUGGGCAAUGCGAAGGACUACCUUGUCACCCCUAUCGCGUACGGCAACGUCAAGUCGACCGUGCUGGGCGCCGCCGGUAUUGGUAAGAUUGGAAACUGA